AUUUCUCAUAAGUCAAAUUGAUUUGUGGGAAAUAGUGCUCUAGUUACAAUUGGGAGAUUAGGGUUUGCGCCUCGUCAAUGGAAACCCCCAACUCUAAAACCCUCACCGUGAAGCUCCUCGUCGACAAAAGAAGCCAGAAGGUUUUGUUCGCCGAAGCCGGCAAGGACUUCGUGGACUUUCUCUUCGCUCUUUUAUCUUUCCCCGUCGGCACUCUGGUCCGGCUUCUCUCCAAAAACGGCAUGGUCGGAAGCCUAGGCAAACUCUACGAGAGCUUCGAAAAUCUCAACGACAUGUAUAUGCAACCCAAUCUCAACAGAGAAAUCCUCCUCAAACCCAAAGAACCAGCCGGUGUUCCUAAUAACCUAGGCUUGUUGACCAACGUGGAAUCUCCAACCAUCUAUCACUGUUCAAGAAGAGGCUAUUCUGAUAAUCACCAAUAUGUUUCCGACGACCCUAAAGCUACAUGCCCGUCGUGCCCGUGCAAAAUGAGUGCCAAGGCGAGUUAUGUGUCUCCAGCCGGUGUUACAAAGACAGAAGAAGGGUUUGUGAAAGGGGUUGUUACAUAUAUUGUAACCGAUGAUUUAGAGGUGAAACCUAAUGUUACCAUUGCCAGUAUCCUUCAGCUGGAAAGGUUCAAUGUCAAGUGUAUUUGUGACCUUGAAGAGAAGGUCGUCAAUGUAGGCAUGGAUGAGGGUGUGAAGCUGUUGAAGGAGUCUCUGCUGUCCAUUCUGUUCUAACAGAUGCCUUCCUUGGGAAGAAAGCUGCUGAAGGACUGCUGUCCUAACAAAUGCCUUCCUUGGGAAGAAAGCUGCUGUAUGAACAUCUCUUCAUCAUCCACUUAACUUGCACAUCAUAAAGGACUGGCAUUGACAUCUUAAAGCUUUGCUGAGCUGUUUGUUUCUAAAAUGGGUUUGUUUUGCUUUUUACCA